CUCGGGGGAGACUCGCCGACGCCCGCCGAAGCGCACGCGGGCAGUCACGUGUCAAAACGCGGAAGUGACAUCACAUCGCGGUGAAGUGUAAAUAAAAGAGGAAGAAAGGAUGACGACUGCAGCGGUGACGGCGGGGCUGGAGCGGAUCCCGGACCAGCUCGGCUAUCUGGUCAUCAGCGAGGACGGCGUUUUAGCCUCUUCAGGUGAGCUGGAAAACGAUGAGCACACAGCCGGCGUGAUGAUGCAGAUGGUUCGCACGGCCAGUCGCUUUCGGUUGGCGGGAUUGGCCGAUGUGCCCUUCAAACGCAUGUCGGUCAUCCUGGAGGAUUUCGUUUUCACCGUGACCGCUUCGGGUCAGAAGGUUUUUGUGGUCAAACGUCAGCACAACCAGCAGGAACCAAUCAGCGUUUAGAGUCGCAAAGCCAAAACGGUGUUGUCGCCUUUCAAUAAAAUGGUUCAACAAUU